CUCUUGUUUCCUGUUUAAAGUUUACUUUCACUUUCCAGAGUCUGUGACACAGUUUUUUCUCUCCGUGUGGAGCUCCAGCUGAAGGACCCAUCAGAGACCAGACCCUGCUGAACCUGAAAACAGCUGUAUGUCUAUGAAGAGUGUCCGGUCCAUGGAGACACCACUACUUUAAAAAAGGAGGUGACCUGUAAGGGACAGGCCAAUUAAAAUGGUGGAGAGGAGAAGGAAGAGGCCAAGACAGAAGGAAAGGGAGGAACAUAUUGAAAUAAAGAGCCGAAGACAGAGGAUCCAUCAAAGACCAGACUCUGCUGGACCUGAACCCAGCUGUGUGUCCUUUAAGAUUGACCAGUCACAUCAAGGCCUCAUUGACUUUAAAGGAGAGCAACCCUCUGCUGAAAAGAGGAUCCAUCAGAGACCAGACUCUGCUGAACCUGAACCCAGCUAUGUGUCCUUCAAGAGUGAUCAGUCACAUCAAGGCCUCAUUGACUUUAAAGGAGCGCAACCCUCUGCUGAAAAGCGGAUCCAUGAAAGACCAGACUCUGCUGGACCUGAACCCAGCUGUGUGUCCUUUAAGAGUGACCAGUCACAUCAAGGCCUCAUUGACUUUAAAGGAGAGCAACCCUCUGCUGAAAAGAGAGUGGACCAGGAGAGCUCAGAGGUUCCCAGUGGUCAGUCUGCUCAGCAGCAUCAAACAUACCUGGACUCCAUAUUUAUGCUGCUGGAGGAGGACAUCGUCACUUUUGUGAAGAAUGAGCUGAAGAUAAUCCAGAAGGUUGUGAGUCCAGAUUACCCAGAAUGCUUAGAGAGUCAGAAGCAGGGUGAGGAUGAAAUGCAGAGGAGGAGCAGAGAGGCAUUUCUGAAGAUCACACUGCACUUCCUGAGGAGAAUGAAGCAGGACAAGCUGGCUGACCGUCUGCAGAGCAGAUGUCCUGCUGGAGUUUGUAAGCGUGAACUAAAAUGUAACCUAAACAAGAAGUUCCAGUGUGUGUUUGAGGGGAUUGCUAAAGCAGGAAACCAAACCAUACUGAAUCAGAUGUUUACCGAGAUCUACAUCACAAAGCGAGGGACUGCAGAUGAUGAACAUGAGGUCAGACAGAUUGAAACAGCAUCCAGGAAACAAGAUAGACCAGAAACAACAAUCAGACGAGAAGACAUCUUUAAAACUCCAUCUGGAAGAGCUGAACCGAUCAGAACAGUGAUGACAAAGGGAGUGGCUGGCAUCGGGAAAACAGUCUUAACACAGAAGUUCACUCUGGACUGGGCUGAAGACAAAGCCAACCAGGACAUCCAGUUCACAUUUCCAUUCACCUUCAGAGAGCUGAAUGUGCUAAAAGAGAAGAAGUACAGCUUGGUGGAACUUGUUGAUUACUUCUUUAGUGAAACCAAAGAAGCAGGAAUCUGCAGGUUUGAAGAGUUCCCAAUUGUGUUCAUCUUUGACGGUCUGGAUGAGUGUCGACUUCCUCUGGACUUCCUCAACACUGAGAUCCUGACUGAUGUUACAGUGUCCACCUCAGUGGAUGUGCUGCUGACAAACCUCAUCAGGGAAAACUGCUUCCCUCUGCUCCGCCUCUGGAUAACCACACACGCUGCUGCAGCCAAUCAGAUCCCUCCUGGGUGUGUUGACAUGAUGACAGAGGUCAGAGGGUUCACUGACCCACAGAAGGAGGAGUACUUCAGGAAGAAAUUCAGAGAUGAGGAGCAGGCCAACAGAAUUAUCUCCCACAUCAAGACAUCACGAAGCCUCCAUAUCAUGUGUCACAUCCCAGUCUUCUGCUGGAUCACUGCUACAGUUCUGGAGGAUGUGUUGAAGAGCAGAGAGGGAAGAGAGCUGCCCAAGACCGUGACUGAGAUGUACAUCCACUUCCUGGUGGUUCAGUCCAAACGGAAGUACAUCAAGUAUGAUGGAGGAGCUGAGACAGAUCCACACUGGAGUCCAGAAAGCAGGAAGAUGAUCGAGUCUCUAGGAAAACUGGCUUUUGAGCAGCUGCAGAAAGGCAACCUGAUCUUCUAUGAAUCAGACCUGACAGAGUGUGGCAUCGAUAUCAAAGCAGCCUCAAUGUGCUCAGGAGUGUUCACACAGAUCUUUAAAGAGGAGAGAGGACUGUACCAGAACCAGGUGUUCAGCUUUGUCCAUCUGAGUGUUCAGGAGUUUCUGGCUGCUCUUCAUGUUCAUCUGACAUUCACCAAGUCUGGAGUCAACCUGCUGUCAGGAAAACAAACAACAUCAACACAGUUCUACCAGAGUGCUGUGGACGAGGCCUUACAGAGUCCAAAUGGACACCUGGACUUGUUCCUCCGCUUCCUCCUGGGUCUUUCUCUGCAGACCAAUCAGAAUCUCCUACGAGGUCUGAUGACACAGACAGGAAGUAGCUCAGAGACCAAUCAAGAAACAGUCAAGUACAUCAAGAAGAAGAUCAGUGCGAAUCUGUCUGCAGAGAGAAGCAUCAAUCUGUUCCACUGUCUGAAUGAACUUAAUAAUCGAUCUCUAGUGAAGGAGAUCCAACAGUCCCUGAAAUCAGGACGUCUCUCCACAGAUGAACUGUCUCCUGCUCAGUGGUCAGCUCUGGUCUUCAUCUUACUGUCAUCAGAGGAAGAUCUGGAUGUGUUUGACCUGAAGAAAUAUGGUGCUUCAGAGGAGGCUCUUCUGAGGCUGCUGCCAGUGGUCAAAGCCUCCAACAAAGCUCUACUGAGUGGCUGCAAUCUGUCAGAGAGAAGCUGUGAAGCUCUGUCCUCUGUUCUCAAGUCCAAGUCCUCUAGUCUGAGAGAGCUGGACCUGAGUAACAACAACCUGGAAUCAGGAGCAAAGCUGAUCACUGUUGGACUGAAGAGUCCACACUGCACACUGGAGACUCUCAGGUUGGGUGGCUGUAACCUGUCAAAGAGUAGCUGUGAAGCUCUGUCCUCUUUUCUUAGCUCCCAGUCCUCUAGUCUGAGAGAGCUGGAUCUGAGUAACAACAACCUGCAGGAUUCAGGAGUAAAGCUGAUCUCUGUUGGACUGAAGAGUCCACACUGCACCCUAGAGACUCUCAGUCUGUCAGGCUGUCUGAUCUCAGAGGAAGGCUGUUCUGCUCUGGUCUCGCCUCUGAGCUCCAACCCCUCCCAUCUGAGAGAACUGGACCUGAGCUACAAUCAUCCAGGAGACUCGGGAGUGAAGCUACUGUCAGCGGGACUGAAGGAUCCUCUCUGGAGACUGGACACUCUCAGCGUGGAGCCUGCUGGAGUCAGAUGGUUGACACCAUGUCUGGUUCGAGAUCAGGCGUCCCACCACCCGCUAUUAAGCCUGUCUCCUCAGCUUCUAGGCGCUGCAUCACCUCCUCUUCAGCUGGAGAGUUUGCGCUUCUGCGUUGCGGGCUCACAGUUUUAUGUAAAGAAUGGUGACGGUCUCCUGGGAUCCGUUUCCUCCCAGCGGGUCGCUGUUGCUGCGUCCUCGCUGCACUCUGAAGCGCCGGACCUGCAGCGUGUGGAACCAGUGAGGCUGGGGGCCCGAGGAGGACCGGCUGAGUUCAGCAGCAUGGAUCAGUGUGAGGACAGUGAAACCACUCUGAGUGGGGAACAGGACCGCCAGACCAAAGCUCAGAGGACCAUCCUGCUACGGGACUCUGAUGAAUCUGAACCAGAACCCAGCUGUGUGUCCAUGAUGAGUGACCGGUCUAAGGAUUUGCCGCUGUGGUUUAAAAAUCAAGCUUCACCAAUAGCAGAAGUGGACCAGGAGAGCUUAGAUGUUCCCAUUGUUCACUCUGCCCAGCAACAUCAAAUACACAUGGACUCCAUCUUUAUGGUGCUGGAGGAGAACAUCGUCACUUUUGUGAAGAACGAGCUAAAGAAGAUUCAGAAGGUUCUGAGUCCAGAUUACCCAGAAUGCUCAGAGAGUCAGAGGGAGGGUGAGGAUGAAGAGCAGAGGAGCAACAGAGAGGCAUUUAUGAAGAUCACACUUCACUUCCUGAGGAGAAUGAAGCAGGAUGAGCUGGCUGACUGUCUGCAGCGCAGUAAGAGGAUUUCUCUAAUGACACACCAACCCGAUUAUCAACGUCGGAUAGUCUGGCAAGGAAGUCUUUCUGGAGUUUGUAAGCGUAAACUCAAAUCUAACCUGAACAAGAAGUUCCAGUGUGUGUUUGAGGGGAUUGCUAAAGCAGGAAAUCCAACCCUUCUGAAUCAGAUGUUCACAAAGAUCUACAUCACAAAGGGAGGGACUGCAGAGGUCAAUGCUGAACAUGAGGUCAGACAGAUUGAAACAGCAUCCAGGAAAUCAGACAAGCCAGAAACAACAAUCAGACAAGAAGACAUCUUUAAAACUCCACCUGGAAGAGAUAAACCAAUCAGAACAGUGAUGACAAAGGGAGUGGCUGGCAUCGGUAAAACAGUCUUAACACAGAAGUUCACUCUGGACUGGACUGAAGACAAAGCCAACCAGGACAUCCAGUUCACAUUUCCAUUCACCCUCAGAGAGCUGAAUGUCUUGAAAGAGAGAAAGUACAGCUUGGUGGAACUUUUUGAUUACUUCUUUAGUGAAACCAAAGAAGCAGGAAUCUGCAGGUUUGAAGAGUUCCCGGUUGUGUUCAUCUUUGACGGUCUGGAUGAGUGUCGACUUCCUCUGGACUUCCUCAACACUGAGAUCCUUACUGAUGUUACAAAGUCCACCUCAGUGGAUGUGCUGCUGAUAAACCUCAUUAGGGGGAAUCUGCUUCCCUCUGCUCGCCUCUGGAUAACCACACGACCUGCAGCAGCCAAUCAGAUCCCUCCUGAGUGUGUUGACAUGGUGACAGAGGUCAGAGGGUUCACUGAUCCACAGAAGGAGGAGUACUUCAGGAAGAGAUUCACAGAUGAGGAGCAGGCCAACAGAAUCAUCUCCCACAUCAAGACAUCACGAAGCCUCCAUAUCAUGUGCCACAUCCCAGUCUUCUGCUGGAUCACUGCUACAGUUCUGGAGGAUGUGUUGAAGACCAGAGAGGGAGGAGGGCUGCCCAAGACCCUGACUGAGAUGUACAUCCACUUCCUGGUGGUUCAGUCCAAAGUGAAGAACAUCAAGUAUGAUGGAGGAGCUGAGACAGAUUCACACUGGAGUCCAGACACCAGGAAGAUGAUCUGGUCUCUGGGAAAAUUGGCGUUUGAGCAGCUGCAGAAAGGCAACCUGAUCUUCUAUGAAUCAGACCUGACAGAGUGUGGCAUCGAUAUCAGAGCAGCCUCAGAGUACUCAGGAGUGUUCACGCAGAUCUUUAAAGAGGAGAGAGGACUCUACCAGGACAAGGUGUUCUGCUUCAUCCAUCUGAGUGUUCAGGAGUUUCUGGCUGCUCUUCAUGUCCAUCUGACAUUCACCAACUCUGGGGUCAACCUGCUGUCAGAAGACCAAACAACAUCAACACAGUUCUACCAGAGUGCUGUGGACAAAGCCUUACAGAGUCCAAAUGGACACCUGGACUUGUUCCUCCGCUUCCUCCUGGGUCUUUCACUGCAGACCAAUCAGAAUCCCUUACGAGGACUGAAGACACAGAAUAUUAAGAUUACCUUACAAGGUCUGCGGACACAAAAAGGAAGCAGCUCCCAGACUAUUAAGAUUCCCUUAAAAGGUCUACUGACACAGACAGGAAAUAGCUCAAAGACUAGUAAGAUUCUCUUCGGAGGACUAAAGACACAGACAGGAAGUAGCUCAGAGACCAAUCAGACUCUCUCACGAGAACUGAAGACACAGACAGGAAGUAGCUCAGAGACCAAUCAGGCUCUCUUACGAGACCUGAUGACAAAGAUGAGAAUUAGCUCAGAGUCCAAAGAGGAAACAGUUGAGUACAUCAAGAAGAAGAUCAGUGAGAAUCUGUCUGCAGAGAGAAGCAUCAAUCUGUUCCACUGUCUGAAUGAACUGAAUGACCGUUCUCUAGUGGAGGAGAUCCAACAGUACCUGAGUUCAGGAAGUCUCUCCACAGAUGAACUGUCUCCUGCUCAGUGGUCAGCUCUGGGCUUCAUCUUACUGUCAUCAGAAGAAGAUCUGGACGUGUUUGACCUAAAGAAAUACUCUGCUUCAGAGGAGGCUCUUCUGAGGCUGCUGCCAGUGGUCAAAACCUCCAACCAAGCACUACUGAGUUGGUGUAAUCUGUCAGAGAGAAGCUGUGAAGCUCUGUCCUCAGUUCUCAGCUCCCAGACUUCUAGUCUGAGAGAGCUGGACCUGAGUAACAACAACCUGCAGGAUUUAGGAGUUAAGCUGAUCUCUGUUGGACUGAAGAGUCCACACUGCACACUGGAGACUCUCAGUCUGUCAGGCUGUCUGAUCUCAGAGGAAGGCUGUUCUUCUCUGGUCUCAGCUCUGAGCUCCAACCCCUCCCAUCUCAGAGAGCUUGACCUGAGCUAUAAUCAUCCAGGAGAUUCAGGUGUGAAGCGACUGUCAGCAGGACUGAAGGAUCCUCUCUGGAGAUUGGACACUCUCAGGGUGGAGCCUGCUGGAGUCAGAUAUUUGAGACCUGGUCUGAGGAAGUAUUCCUGUGAACUCACAUUCGACACAAACACAGUGAACAGAAACUUCAUACUGUCUGACAACAACAGAACGGUAACAUAUGUGGAGGAGGAUCAGCCAUAUCCUGAUCAUCCAGAGAGGUUUGACUCCUAUCAUCAGCUGCUGUGUAGAGAUGGUCUGACUGGUCGCGGUUACUGGGAGGUUGACACGAGAGGAGAUGUUCAUAUAGCAGUGAGUUACAGAGGAAUCAGCAGGAGAGUUGACAGUGAUGACUGUUGGUUUGGAUAUAACGAUCAGUCCUGGAGUCUGAUCUGCUCUGAUGGUCGUUACUCUGUCUGUCACAAUAACAGAAAAACAUCCAUCUCCUCCUCCUCUGUCUCUGGUAGAAUUGCAGUGUAUGUGGACUGUCCUGCUGGCUCUCUGUCCUUCUACACAGUCUCUUUUGACUCACUGAUCCACCUCCACACUGUCAACACCACAUUCACUCAGCCUCUUUAUCCUGGGUUUGGGAUCUGGUCUGGUUCCUCAGUGUCUCUGUGUUGUGUGUAGGACAGUGAGUCUCCUCCUGUUUCUCAAUGUUGAUCAGUUGAGUCUGUACAGGAUCACACUUACAGAAAU